GAAAAAUAACAUCACAUACCUUAUAACCAGUAUAUAUAUAGACAUAUAAUCAUUUUUACACCCACAGUCAUUGAAAAGAAAAAUAUCAAACAAAGAAUACUGAUCAUGACGAAGUUAUCAUGUUCUUAUUUUCUUGUACUGGUGAUUAUAUUUUUAGCGUGUUUAAUGGUUGAAAGAGCUGAGGGAAAGCUAUGUCAAAUAACCAUUAACAAAGAACAGACAUGUAUAAUAUCCUUUUGCAUUCAAGAUUGCUAUGCGCUUUAUAAUGGCGUUGGACAUUGUUUGGACGAUCCUAAAAUUCCCGGACAUAAUCUUAACUGUCGCUGUAAAUAUAAUUGUUAAAAGGAUAAUUUUUUGAAGAAAAUGUGAUAAAUAUAUUAAAUAAAUGUAAGGUUUCUUGUGUUACAAAAACAUGUAAGGUUUCUUUAACUGGAAUAAACAUUAUGGAGAAUAAAUGUAAGGUUUAAUUU